AUGUCCAUCUUUUUCAAAGCACCUCUAGACAUUGAGAUUAGGCUAGACAAUGAAGAUACAAGGAAACAUGUCGAUGUGACGACUCCUCACGGUCGAAUGGAGAGACUACCAAUAUAUAAAGACGGCGAAUCUGUCAAAGGAAGUGUUACUAUCAGAACAAAGGAGGGAAGAAAAGUAGAACAUCUUGGAGUUAAGGUACAAUUACUAGGAUGUAUUGAAACCAACUUGGACGGCGUGAUAUCAUCUGAGUUCUUAUCUUUAGCUACAGAAUUGGCUGCUCCUGCUAUUUUAUCACACCCGGAAACAUUUCCUUUUGAAUUCAAGAAUGUAGAGAAGCAGUACGAAAGUUACCGUGGUAAAAAUGCAAGAUUGCGUUACUACUUGAAGGUUGUAUUUUCGAGAAAGUCUUCGUCAGAUAUCACCAGAGAAAAGGAAUUAUGGGUAUACCAGUAUAUUAAUCCCCCAGUAUCGACUACUACCAAGGAUGGUCCCACUGUGAAAAUGGAUGUGGGGAUCGAAGACUGCUUGCACAUUGAGUUCGAGUACCUGAAGUCCAGGUUUUCACUCAAAGAUGUGAUUAUUGGUCGUAUAUAUUUUUUGCUAGUCAGACUAAAGAUCAAGCAUAUGGAGUUGUCGUUGAUUAGGAGGGAGACUGUGGGAGCUCCUCCAAACCAGAUAACCGAUAGCGAGACUGUUGUUCGGUUUGAGAUCAUGGAUGGUGCCCCAGUUAAGGGAGAAACCAUCCCCAUCAGAUUGUUCUUGGGUGGAUUUGACUUGACGCCUACUUACAGAGACAUAAACAAGAAGUUUUCCGCAAGGACGUACUUGUCGCUUGUUUUGAUCGAUGAAGAUGCGAGAAGAUACUUCAAGCAGAGUGAGAUCAUCUUGUACAGAGACCAGUAG